GGGGAAAAGAAAGGGAAGAGGGGCGGGAGGCUGUGUUGUUACCUCACCCGACCCGCCCCCAAAACACCCGCGGUGCUCAGGCCACCCGCUGCUUGUUGUCGGGCGGUGAUCCGCCGCUCCGCCUGUCAAUCCUCCGCGCCAAAGAAGUUUCGCUGCCGUCCUCACUCCCUCCUGCAGCUCCACCCACAACCCCACAUCGGCCUCCUUCCAUUGUUUCCAACUCACAUCGAGUUGCAGUAGUCUGCUUGUAUAUUAUAACUUGUGCAUUCAGACGCUUUUGCAAUGCCCGGAAUGAUGGAGAAAGGGUCGGAAUACCUGGGGAAAGGCCGAUCGAACGGCACCAAGAGCCCGGCUGGAGCCUCCUCCAAUGGACACUAUUCUGAAGAGAGUGGCAGCGACGACGAGCACGGUGAUGUCGGAAUGCGAGUGGGCUCUGACUAUCAGGCAUCCAUUCCAGAAUUUAACCCCGGUGCUACGAAAUAUAAUGAUAAAGAAAUUGGUGGCAUGCUGGUUUGGUCCCCUUAUCACGUCAUUCCAGAUGUGAAAUUGGAUGAGUAUAUUGCAGUAGCAAAGGAGAAGCAUGGCUAUAAUGUGGAACAGGCUUUGGGGAUGUUAUUCUGGCACAAACACAACAUAGAGAAGUCAUUGGCCGACUUGCCAAACUUCACCCCUUUUCCAGAUGAAUGGACAGUAGAAGAUAAGGUUCUGUUUGAACAGGCCUUCAGUUUCCAUGGAAAGAGCUUUCACAGAAUUCAGCAAAUGCUACCAGAUAAGUCAAUUGCAAGUCUAGUGAAGUACUAUUACUCCUGGAAGAAAACUCGAUCCCGAACAAGUUUGAUGGAUCGGCAAGCUCGAAAAUUAGCAAGUAGAAACAAUCAAGAUGAAAGUGAUGAUGGGAUGGAAGAAGGAGCUGCAAACGAUGUUGCUGACAGUGAUUAUGAUCCCACGAAAGAAACUAAGAAAGAGGGUAAUCCUGAUCCACCCGUGCAGGUCAGCAGAGUCGGUUCAGUCAGGCGUGAGCUUCCAAGUUUGCAGCAUCGUCACCACCCUCUUCGGUCCAAAUGCCGACCACCAAAAGGAAUGUAUCUUAGCCAAGAAGAUGUUGGAGCCAUGUCCUGCAGCCCAAAUGCAGCAAGUACCAUUCUUAGACAGCUUGAUAUGGAACUAAUCUCAUUGAAGCGCCAGGUACAAAAUGCCAAGCAAGUUAACAGUGCACUGAAGCUGAAAUUAGAAGGAGGCAUAGAAGAAUUCAGACCAUCUGAGACCACUCAGAAAAUCAAUGCACGCUGGACAACAGAGGAGCAGCUGCUUGCAGUGCAAGGUGUCCGUAAAUAUGGAAAGGACUUUCAAGCCAUCGCAGACGUGAUUGGAAACAAGACUGUUGGACAAGUGAAGAACUUUUUUGUUAACUACAGACGUCGUUUUAAUCUUGAAGAAGUCCUACAGGAAUGGGAGGCAGAACAAGGAACACAAGAAUCUAAUGGAGUGUCUCCCACAUCAGGGGAUGAAGGAAAGCCCACCUUGAUUUCUGUUCCAGCAAAAAGUCCAGAUGUAGAGGAGGAGGUAAAAAUGAAAAUCAAUAAGAUUGACACCUGAGGAACUUAAGAAAAAUGUUUUUUGCAGUUGUUUUUGCAAGCUAGUGCACCACAAUCCUUGUUUUAUUGCCCUGUACUAAUUUAUUAUAUUUGAAAUUACAAUAUUCAGUUAAUAAAGAUUAAAACAUCAGGAAACAUAAAAGAUUGUGUUGUAUAAAAUACAGUCUUUUGAAAUUGUAUUUUUUAUGGUUAAAACUUUUUGGAUUUGACAGCAUCAACUCCUCGUUGUACAAGUCAAAAACCUGGUCGCAAGGAAGUGCACUUAAUUCAGUUUAAUUCCAAAAUAAAUCUUUGGAUUUGAAACAUCCAGUCAGACAGAAAAUUAAUUUUAAUUUAUUAGAUGUUUUCAAUUUAUUGCAUAUAAUUUGAAUUUUGUAAAAUAUAACAUAGCUGAAAGUGAGAUAGUUACAGAAUUUUAUUGGUUUUCAUACCAAAGAGGUGCACUUGGUUUAAGAUAACUCCAGAUAAUCUUCCUGUUGAUCAAAAUUACAAUAAAUUUAAAUAUCUGAUCUCAGCUAAUCAAAAUCUGUCAUUAUGCCUACAUUUUAAAAAAUGUAGUUAUAAAAUGAUUAAUAGUUACUAAGAUGUGGCAAUUGCUGUAUUUUUGUAGCAAACAUAUUUUAACCUCAUGAUAAUGCAAUUCUUUUAAAUUAAAAUAAUUACCUCCUCGGGUACAAGAAGUGAGUCCUGUUCACAGGGAAAUGAACAUCACUAAGGGUACAUUCAUCACAUUAUCAAAUCAAUGUUAUUAAGAUUAUUGAAAUUGAUGGGCAAAAAUAAGUCCUUGAACAGUUAUUCGCAAGCCAAGAGAUCAUGAGUCUGAGUUGUAAAGGUGUCCAUAACUGGAUACUAUUGUACACCUUUGAGUAUGAACUUUUAUUAGUUUUCAGUCUAGCCAGUAGAUUGAAUAGUUGAAUAUGAUAGAAUACUUACUGUGAGGGGAAAGUGGCCAGGGUAGCCCAGGCACAAUUGCCUUACUUUAGAAAUGUGCCUCCAGUUGGCUGCUGGCAGAAGGCCAUUAACCAUGAUCAUGUAUUAGAAGACAGUCUGCAGAAUCAUUCUCUCCCAGAAAAAGGCAAAUGUAGAUUGUGCCCUGUAAGGAAAUAGAGGGAGUGGGUGUGGGAAUUUUUCAAAUAGUUAAUUUUUAGUAAAAAUGGCUUGAGAAAUGGCUUCAUCCGGAGGCUCACUUAUGAUGUUACCUAAUAUGGUGACGAAAAUGAACCUUCCAGCUCAACGAGCAAACCUACAUCCAGAAUGGCUUGAGACUGUAUUGAUAUGCAUUAAUUCUUUUUCAGUGUAAGAUGUUUAAAAAUACUAAAAUGAAAUUAUACUGUAAUUUGUAGAAGAUAGCACAAAGAAGAACCUAUAAAACCUCAAAGUAGUUUACUGUAUAUAAUGUCAUGAAUUUUGUCUUAUUUUAGUUUUAGUUUAUAGGAUAUGUAACAACUGCGCAUGUACAGUCAGCUUCCUUAUUUAUCUGUUAAAUCAGACCUUCUGCAUGUACUUUUAAGCAAUAUUUUUAGUGUGAGAAAUUGUGUGCUUGCUCCU